CCUAUUGUCAGUAUGGCUCGGGUACGCGUCGCUUACAGUUAGGUUAGGCUAAGCAAGUCAUCCAGUUCCAGGGAUUGUCAAUAGAUGGCGCCCUCGGCGAUCGCCCUUUCGUGUCUAGUCCUGUGGCCGUCGAAAGGAGAUAGGCUUUCGAGUGCGUCAACCAGGAAACCGACGGCUGAUGAGAAGAAUUGAAUUUGUUAAAGGUCCCCACUCUAGAGGUCUACACUGGAGCUUGAAGCGACGCCGGCUAGAGUAUUGAAGCCAAGCGUCCCGACGCCCGAGCCGAUCAGUCUGCGCGAAACCUCCGUCGUGUUCGCUUCUCUUCUAGUUACUUUGUUUGAUUUUGACUCUGUUCGUGUACCAGUGGCCGAUUUCUUUAUAUUUUAUUUUUUAACCUGAUUUACGAAAGGGACUGCCGAAUCGAGGAAAAUAUAAACCGGAGGAGUUUGAUUUUUGGAAAAAUUUGGAAAAUUCAGGAGUAAAGCAGUGAGACGAGUUGACCGUUUGGUAGCAGGUGGAGUCCUUGAAAAUCAAAAAGGGAUAUUUGGAAUUUAAAAACAAAUGGUGAAAGGAUCACUGCCAGACAUCGCUGUGACAAUGGCUUCCGGCAGGGAAAUCCACGGAGCAUUCAGUCUCAUCGUCGAUGACGUGGACUCGCACGCGAUGCUCAGCGAGACGGCCGACCUGGACGGCGUUUCCACCGAGAGCAGCUCCCAGAACUCGAGCUCGCAGACACCGCUGGACAGUCCCGGAGGUCCCAGGGAGAGGAUCAAGCAGAUCCAGGUCGAGGCGGAGACUCGACGUGGGGAAUUCGCGCGUCUCCUCGAAGAGCAUGCUCAGGUUGUCAGGAAGCUGAAGAUGAUGGAAGCCGAGGAACAGAUGACCUCCUCGAGCAGCAAUGUCAUUGGGCCGACCCACGCGUGAUUCUGAAGUUCUCGGAGCCGUAGGAUGGGACCACGCCAUGUGGCCGACGUCACCUCGAAGCUCAGGCUGAAGUUGCGACUUCGAAGUGGUCGGUCGUGAAGUCUUAACGUGGUCCAGGGUGCGAGCGAUGCGCUGACAUCGUGCUUUCUCUCGGGAGGAUUAACAGCGUAGGGUGAUUUUCGGAUUCCUGGGAUAGGAGGGAGACCAGAGGAGGACCAGGGAGACCAGAGUCCUCUCCAUUGCCAGAAUGUGGGAAUCUGCUAGCCAGCCGUCGACAUGUACAGUCGAGGCUUUGCUCUGGCUUUGGACACUUUGGUCGUUAUGUACGUUAAAGCUUCCAAGAACCCGAUCAACGGACUGGCGUGGCUCCUUCGUCGUGCGGCUCUCUGAACGUGUAAGAGAAAUAAAUUUUCAAAAGGAUCACGAACGAGCCAACACGUGGUAGUAUAUCAGAGCGGAAGCGGCUGGAACACUUUCGAGAUAGCUGUUUAGAUAGGAGUGAGAGAGACGGAGCGAGAAAGGACCUUCUUCAAAUCGUGACAAUAACGAGGCUACUUCGCGUCACAAGUACAAAAAAUUCAGAGAAGUAGCUCGUGUUUCCUAGUACAAAGGCUCUUUUGUGGAUGAUGCGAAGCGAGACAGGGAAUUAAAAAGAAAAUAAUAAGAAUAGAAGCAAGCGAGGGUACGCGCGAGCUGCCGGGCUUCAGACCGUCGGUGGCGAAGUGCAAAAAGAAAGGAGAAGCUAGAAGAUAGAGAAGAAAGAAGACGAAAAGUGUAGCACGGACGUCUCUCUGUCGUAGACGGAAGGAGGAAGAGGUCGAAGAUUAAUGGUUGUCGAUAAAGGUGCAAACCGCAAGGACCUUUGUAGAAUUUCCAAAGCGGUUUCUAGUCGGGGCUACAGAUGGAUCCAGAUGGAUCCAGAUGGAUCAUUUUAAGUCGAGGUUCGAGGAUGGCAUCGCUGCAUUCCCAAUAUAAGGUGGUCGUGUUGUAAAGCAGAGAAAACACGUUGUCUUAGGAAACGGCGCGCGUUACACAGCGUCGUCGUACUUAUUUAUUUGACGGCGUCGAAUCGCGCAACUCGAAUUUCAGGCCUGACGCGCGACAAUGCAUGGUCGCCGAGAGUUUCGUAUGUAAAUUAUUUUUCUCGAGCGUGUCUCGAGCCCGUCCUGUCCUUUCUCUUGUAAAUAUAUUUUUCCCAUCCUAUCGACAGAGCGUAACUUCUCCUCCUUAGGUCUCUCUCUCUCUCUCUCUCUCUCUCUCUCUCUCUCUCUCUCUCUCUCUCUGCGAGAGAGAAUCCCCUUUGUCUUUUCUUUUGUUCCUUUUGGCCCGAAACCCUUUGACGUUAGAUGGCUGCACGUCCCUUUGAGAUUUCGCGAGACGCUUUAGGAUCUUCUGAAUCCUCAGACUGAUUCCUUGAAGAGAUUACGUAUUCAUGCACACGAUACAUACACGUACACACGUACAAAGUUGUAGAUACUUUAGAAAUUCUUAGGGCGAUUAAUGGAAAACGAAAAGCUCAAACGGCCGUACGAGAGGCUUCUCUGGCAUUUUAUGUUAAAGAGUAUCGUGAUUUUCAUCCUGAGUUUUCUUUUUUUCUUUCCAACCAUGAAUUAUCCUUUUAGUUGUCACUGAAUAUGUCAAUGGCUGCCACUGGGGCAGAGGUGUUGGGCUUGGAAUCGAAGUGAAAAUACAAUUAGCCACUUGUGUCAGGUAUUCGUAGGGUUGUGUAUGGAGGACCGGGACUAGAUUCCUAUCCAUAUAAGUAAUAAUGUAUUAUGUACCUCGUAUGUAUUAUUAAUAACGAUUAAGCUAAAAUAGUGCUGCUAAUCAACUGUUUGUAAUUAUCAGGUGAUAGAGUUAGAGCGUAGACAAGUAAGGGGACACUCUGUACUCUGUGUGGCUUUAGCUGUGCAGCGAGAAAUUCACCUAGACUAUUUCUUGGGUAUUGAGUAGGCAUACACGGAUGCGAGAGUUUACACUUAAAAGAUUAAAAUAAGUUAAAAAACAAAACCAAGAAAAACAAAUGAAAGAUACGAAGUCGAGAAUCACGAGUAGGCGAGAGUUAACGUAUAUCGGGUGCGAUGAGAACCUUUGGCAAUAAUUUUUUCAUAAAAGUUCAGUAAAAGACUGCAGAGCGAAUUAACAAAUAAUAAAUCUAAACGGUAACUUGAUUGUUCUUACUGCUAUUAUUAUUAUUAUUAUUAUUAUUGUUGUUGUUGUUAUUAUUAUUGACACUCGUUUAUCAAUUAUUACGAACGGGAGAUUUCUAUAAGAACGAUGACAGCGACGAUGACGAUUGUGACGACGGUAAUAAAUGAUUAUAAGGAUCAAUUUAUGAUAUUAAAGGUGAUUAUUAGUGUUAUUACCGUAAUUACUGGUCCUGGUACUACGACUACUGUUAGUACUGUAAACUAGUGAUAAUUUCUAGCGAUAUACAUCUUAUCAAUUUUGUAAUGAAAUGUUUGUAAAAAGUUAAUGAGAUCAGUAAUGCUGCUUCUCCUCGACCUCUCGUUAUCGUUGAUAGGUAAACGGCGUAUUAUUAGGACGAUGCAAUUGACACGUCAAUGUGAUGGAAUAAAUAAAAAGGUCGUCUCGUUAAGAAUCAGCAAGUGUGAGAGAAAGAACAAAGCGUUUCGAUGACGCGCGACGUGAUUGUUAAUGAUAUCUGGACGUUAAUCGAUUAAAAGUCGGCCGGUUUGUUGAUUCUCAAAGAGCGACUGAUGACUUCCGUGACAUGAUUACCAGAGAUAAGUAAGCACGCACGUAUGGCGAGAAGCAUGUAAAGUAGAUAGUCGCUAUUGUACAUUGAAAAUAUAUAUAUAUAUAUUUUAUUGAGUUGAUAAAACGUAUAUACAAUACAGCGUUUAUCACAGUAACCCGUCAUAAUUGAUUUCGAUGAAGCACGCUGAAGAUUCGUUUGGACCAUCGAUAAGAAUCUGCAGGAGCGAUGCAUUUUUUUUUGAAUUUUAAGGAAUCUCAGAAAAAUCCAUCGAACGGGUGAUCUUCUUUCAUUAUUUCUGUUCGCUGUACAAUAUUCUCGUUUAAUGUAAUAGUUUUUAGAUUAAUAAUUCAUCGUGAAUUACGUUAAGUUUCCAUAUUACGAUUGUGUUCAUGUUAUGGUUUAUGAAUACAUGGAACGUUUGUUCUCCUUUUUAUGCAAAAUAUAUGUUGAACAAGUUACACAAUA